CCUUGCUCUGUGGGCGCACCACUGCACUGACGGAGAAACUGGUGCCGGACUGUCAUCUAACUGGCGCUCUCAAGCCACAGAACGGGCACACGAACGUCGGUGGGGAGGGAGACCGCCGAGUGCUAGAGCGGCCUACGCGCGGAAAUUCUUGGUCAAGAUCUCUUGGUGCCAACUGUAUCGGAAUACAGCAGCAGUGGGCGGCGUUGGACUCUUUAAAUGGACAACGCCUUGGAUGCCUGGCGUCCAACGAACCACCAAGGUUUUUGCCAGUAGCCCUGUCGCCUUGACACGAUACGAGGCGUGAGAAACAAAGAAGGGGUCACUACAUAUCUACAAGCGGAAGAAAUAUCACACCUACACAGAGAGAGAGGCACGCCUACGCCUACGCUUGGGGUGUGAUCGGGAGAGAGGGGCUUGGGAGGUGCUGGAAGCGUAAUCUCGUGGGGGAACAGACCAUGGCGGGCUGGCGGUCGCACUCGCAGCGAGUGGGGCGAGAGACCUUCCACACGGAUGUUCGAUAUUCGAACUUCGAGCCGAUAGGCGACGGCUCCUACGGGUUCGUGUGUUCCGCAGACGACAGGGCCACCGGCAAGCGCGUGGCGAUGAAGAAGGUGAAGGAUGUUUUUCGAGAUCUGGGGGACGCCAAGAGAAUACUGCGGGAGCUCAAGCUGCUGCGGCAUUUCCGCCCUCACGAGAACGUGGUGACGAUCCUUGACAUCAUGGUUCACCCAGAGAACUCCCUCGAUUUCAGGGAUGUGUACAUCGUGACGAACCUCAUGGAGUCGGACCUACAGAAGAUCAUCGCCAGCACCCAGCCUCUUACCGACCAGCACUUCCACUACUUUCUAUACCAGUUGCUGAGAGGCUUGAAGUACAUCCACAGCGCGAACGUUCUGCACAGGGACUUAAAGCCGUCCAACCUCGUCUUGAACGCCAACUGCGACCUGGCCAUCUGCGACUUCGGGUUAUCCCGGGGGGUCGAGCAAGAAGGGGGCGAGACGCUAACCGAGUACGUCCAGACUCGAUGGUACCGCGCGCCCGAGCUGCUGUGCUACUCUAGCACGUACGACACGGCGGUGGACAUGUGGAGCGUCGGGUGCAUCUUCGCGGAGCUGCUCGGGCGGAAGCCCUUCUUCCGGGGGAAGAACCCCAUGCACCAGCUUCAGAUGAUCGUGGACGUGCUCGGGUGUCCCUCCGAGGAGGACAUGUCCUUCAUCCAAGACAAGGCCGCGAGAGCCGUGGUCUUGCAGCACGCCAGGCAGGCGGUGGCAAGGAGGGGGACGGGGGGGGUGCGGCCCCUGGCGGUGUACUUCCCGACCGACACGAGCCCGCUCGCUCUCGACCUGCUCGCCAAGAUGUUGGUUUUCAAUCCACGGAGGCGCAUCGGUGUUGUUGAGGCCCUGGAGCACCCCUACCUUGCAGACCUUCACGCACAGAUGGUGGGCAAGGAGCCCAAUUGCGGAAAGAUCUUCGACUUCGACUUCGAGAAGGAAGGGGGAGGGUCGUCGGACAGGCUGGUGCCGAAGAAGCAGAGGGUUAUCCCCCGUGGCGAGCUCAAGGCGCUCGUCCUAGAGGAGCUAUUAGUGUAUCGACCGUCUGCUCAGGGAGAGAACCUCCUCGCCGUGGCAAAACAGGCGGCGGAGGGCGAACGCCAACAGCACCUCAGGCAGUCGGCUUCUCCUGGAUCCUGGUCAACCUCUCCGAGUCUGGACGCCAUGGACGCUUCUGGCUACGAGGCUCUUUCACCAGCAGCACAGAUGUCGCUAGGUGGGCUGAGUCCGAUGGACGGUGUCGGCCCCGGGAUGAUCACGCCUACUCCGGGAGUUCACGGGUACUCCGGGGCCGUGUCGUACGGUAGUGCAGUGCCGCCGCAGGACAACAGCAGAGCGACGUUCCAGCAGCCGCAGCAACAGCAACGGUGGCAGCAGCAGCAGCUGCAGCAACAACAGCACCAACAGCGGCGAUCCAUGCCGCCGCCACAGCAGACCCCCUACCACCCGUCAUCAUCGGCAUCGCAGGCCGCGAGUCCUGCAGCGGUAGCCGCUGCCGUAGCCGUUGCUACAGCGGCGGCGGCGGCUUCUUCUUCUUCCACCCCCUUCCGAGCCCACCAAGGGUUUGGCGAUGGACACAAGCGGCCACCGCCUCACGAAAAGCGGUAGACACGCCGGUCUAGCAGCAAUGCCUCCGUCAUCGAACAGCGAUCCAUGGGAGUGCGCGUUGCACGAUGGCCCCGGAGCAGCAUUCAUCUCACGCAGCGAUAGAAACGGGAUGAUGCGAUCGAAGCAGGAGCUAGCUCUUGCAGUGGUCGGGCAAGGCACAUUGUGCCUCCCCCCCUCCCCUCAAGGGGAAAGACCCCAAGAAAGGUGUGCCGUUUCCGGAGUUCCACGCGGAUGCGGUGGGAGGGAAACGGGGUGGUGGAUACCGUCGGUGACGCAAGAUACCACACCCCCUGGAUCGAAUUUUCAAAGCUUGGACGGCUCCACGACGAAGAGGAGGCCAAACUCUAAUAAUUUGUUUUUGGCAAGGUCUCGAACGAGACGGUUCCAACUCCUCCAUUUUGGGCACCGCCACUCUUUCUACCGCUGUGUGGAGUAAUCGAGCCCUCGAAAACUGGUCCAGGGGUGUAUUUUAUUUUGCUGCUUUCUCCUCUUUGGCAGCUGGUCGUGUGGGUGUGUUUCAGCCAGUGUGUGGUAUGAGCACCCCCGCCCCCCCCUCGUUGUUUGCCAUCGGGGUUGGAUUUUCGUCGCUUGGCAGCGACGUUGUAAAACAAGCCAAUUCACUUCGUGAACUCGGCAACCAGGUUACCGUUGUUUUUUUUUUAUUCUUUUUUUUGGCGGUAACCAUAAUGGUGGUCGAGUAGAUCAUGUUGUGCGGGGUGGAGAACCCUCACUCCGCGCAAGGGGGAUGAUCGCACCACGAUGUGUUAAAAUGGUCAAGCACCCUCGAGGCAGUUACACAGUGCUUACAACCUUCUCUGGAAGUGAAAGCACCAGAAAAUAAACUAAGUCAUACGCAGCUGUCAUCCGUAUGCAAGGAAGUAAGCACAAGAUGCCGAACACCCUCAGCAGGAUGCAGCGCACCGUUCAUCCGACUCGCCGAAUACCUCACGGCGCUUUGCGCUUGGUGAUGUGAGAGCCUGGUCCGGUGAGAACCCGUUGUGCUCCGUCCCGGCUUGGUAGGGAUGUGAGGUCAAUGGUCUAACGACUACGGCAUGCACGACUAUGAGUAGACUACACCCCCCCCCAUCACACGGAGUAUGUGUCCACGUCGGUACCGAAAAAAAGCAGCAGGGGAGCGGGUGUGCUUGGUGGUAAAAUUGUAGAAGAGUUUUUGUAGGGCGACAGAAAGUGUGGUCCCUUGUCUCGGUUUUCGGGACCCAUUGCGUUCGUCCGGCAGGUGUCGCACUACUGUAUUGUCCUGCCCACUGCUGUCCGAGAACGACAUCUGCCUGAGCAGCGAUCGGGGCUCGGCGGCGGGGGGGAGGGGGCGGGGCUCGGGCGGUCGUAGAGGACAGAGCCGCGCGGCGAAAACAUGAAAUUGUGACGAGACAACGUAAGAUUGGUUCUCCACGUGUUCCGUUGCAAAGGAAUGUUGUUGGAUGGAGGCCGUUGCGUUUGCCUCACCAGCCGUUGUUGUUUCGACUCCUACUGCACCACGUUUUUCGCUUCGUGUUUCUUGCAAAAUGGCGUUUUUUUUUUUGCAAUGUGGCAGUUGGUUGAAGUUUUGAUCGUUUUGGUAGUCUCGAGGGUGAGCUGUGGAGAAAGCCGUGUGGCGGGCGGUAUUUUGCAUCGACGUGCGCCAUUGUCCGCUCCCAGCAUGCUAUUAUGAAUGACUUAACGUUCUUCUCGUUGAACUUUCUUGUCAUUUUGAAGCGGCACGCGUGCGCCGCCGCUGUUCAAUGGAGGCUUUCCUGCCUGGUGAUGUUUGCUGCUUCGUCCCCUUUUAUUGUGUUGCUGUAGGAGCUACCGUCAUGAAUCCCUUUUUACUUAACACCAUCACUAUCCGUUUGAAACAGCAGGAUGCACGGUUUGCAUCAAAGGAACGGGAGUUGGAAUAGGUGAAUAUCGUAGGGCGUGCUUGUUGUGUAUUCGUUGUCGCUGGAUCAGGGGUUCGGCGGGAAGUACCUUGUGCUUGAAAGGGGUGCGUGUAAUGAAGAACCGCAGGCAAUGGUGAUUGAUUACUCUCUCGUGUGAAAAACUUUUAAGGGUGUUUUUUUUCGCAAUGUAUCUUUGGUGGAGGAGGAAGGGCGGUUUUCAUUAAGGAUCGAGAGUAGAGACUAAUUUAUGUGGAUGUGAAAUGUGUGGUGAAAGAUGGGUCUAACGUGAGUCACUCACUCCACCCGCACGGUCUUCUUCUGUUUAGCUGCCCACCUUUGAUGUUUUUAUUGGCGUAUUAUGCGGCGUGCGCCCUUGUUGCCGUUGCGGACAGCAGUUCUCGUGCAUCCCAAGCCCUUGAAAGUGGAACGGACGAACGUCCUUCGUUCGUUUCGUAUGCAUGCAGUCGUCAUAGCUUGCAAACUGCUCGGAGUAGAUGCAAAGGGGCAGCGUACCAUGAUGGGAAAAAUAAGACUGCAUAGACCUCUGGGUAGACUAUUGCUUAUGAUUUUGGCAAAACAUGGACGACGAGAUGAGAUUUCAUGUACAGAUGUAACUACAUGAACUUGUCUUUCAUGUGUGGAUGGUCUACAAGCACACAGCAAGUCGUAUGGUACAUCAUUGGAGGGCCCUGUUUGGUGCGAUUUGAACAGUAUCUAGGGCCCGUGCCCGGUAACAUGUAGACUUUUGUCCCGGUUUCGGUUUAAUGGCUGCCACAGACUGAAUCAUGAAGUCAUUUCAAGUACUUUGAACAGUGCCAGUGUCCAGCAUAAUUAUGCCGUCAACUUUCUCUGGGCACAUACUGUUUUGGCACUAAACAGCCCCCCCCACUGGAUGAUUAUAUUAUACAUAGUCUAGUCUACAUGCAGGAUAUCGCUUGGACGUUCCGCAGAAUGAAUGCAAGUGACGCAACGUACAAUGUACGUACACGUACAUGUCUUGCAGGAGGGGGUCCAAUCCCCCUCCUGUGUGACC